AUGGAACAAUAAGGGUAAUAAACUGUUUUAUAUUAUCAUUUAGGUUCUGUAUUAUCUAUCUACGUAAUUUUUCAAGCUUUUACAUAUUUUACGUAGAUAUUAAAAUGCAUUUGAGUGUUUUGAUAAAUCUAUCUAUUAAUUCUAAUAAUGAUAGCGCAUGGAACAAUUGGGGUAAUAAACGUUUAACAUAAUCAUUUAGGUUUAGCAUUAAACAAUUUAGAUAGAUAUUAAGAGGCUAUGGAGUGUUUUGCUAAAGCGAUCUAUAUUAAUCCUAAAAAAAAAAAAUUAUAAUAUUCUAGUGAUAUUAAAGUGUUAGCUUAAUAUGAUUUUCUUUCCCUACUAUUCUUUUCCAAAUUAAAAAUUUUCUCUUAAUCAAUUUUGUUUUUAGAUUAGAAACUGAAACUUAAAUUAGCAUAGAAGAAAAUAAUUAUAAUCUUUAUUUUAAUAUUUUAUAAUAAUUAUUAGGUUUGA